CUCAGCAGCGUCACCAUGUCCCGGCCCAGCAGCAAAGCCAUCUACAUGCACCGGAAAGAGUACUUGCACAGCCUGGCCUCAGAGCCCGCCUGCCCGCAGCACCGGGUGGAGCACCUGAUGACGUGUAAGCUGGGCACGCAGGGCGUCCGGCAGCCCAAGGACGCCGUGCAGCGGCUACAGGAGCUGGACGCCCAGGGCCGGGUGUGGAGCCAGAACCUGCUGCUGCAGAUCAGAGACGGCUGGCUCCAGCUGCUGGACAUCGAGACCAAGGAGGAGCUGGACUCCUACCGCCUGGACAGCAUCCAGGCCAUGGACGCGGUGCUCAACUCCUGCUCCUACAACUCCGUCCUGUCCAUCACCGUGCAGGGGGCGGGCCCGCCGGGCGGCAGCACUCUGCUCUUCCAGUGCCCAGAAGUGGGGGCAGAGCGGCUGAGGACCAGCCUGCAGAAGGCCCUGAAGGAGGAGCUGGAGCUCAGACCCCGAUUUGGAGUCCCUCACCCCGGCCAGGACAGAUGGAGGGGGGCUCCUCUGGAAAGGCCACUCCCUAGGGAGCAGGCAGCCCCCCUGGAGUGGGGGCCCCCUCCAGAACAGCCCCCCUGGAUGGCCCCAGAGCACAGCAUGCCACCAUCCCCACGGCCCCUGUCACGACACUCCAGUGCCCGAGAACCAAGCGCCUUCGCUCUGCCUCCUCCAAGGCGCCCCCCGACCCCCGAGGACCCAGUGAGGGACGAGGAGGUGCUGAACCACAUCCUGAGGGACAUCGAGGUGUUCGUGCAACCGCUGAUGAAGGCCCAGGUCAACGCCAGUGCGAAGAAGACGAAGAAACAGGGGAAGAAAAAGAACACGGGUCCCGGGGGGAGGACACCGGCGCAGUACGUCGAUUGCUUCCAGAAGUUCAAGUACAGCUUCAACCUCCUGGGGAGGCUGGCCAUCCAUCUGCAGAAUCCCAGUGCCGCCGAGCUGCUGCACAUGCUCUUCCGGACUCUGCACUUGGUCCUGACGCAGUGCCCUGAGCGUGACCUCGCAGGCCAAGUGAUCUCACCCCUCCUCACCCCCGAAGCCGUCGACAUGCUCAAGUUCUACCUAAGCCCGCCUGACAGUAACCUCUGGAAGAGCCUGGGCCCGGCCUGGACCACCAGCCGGGACAACUGGACAGGCCAUGAGGUCCCACCCUACCAACCUACAUUCUAUGAUGGCUGGCAGCCUCCAGAACCUUCCAACCAGGCACCCUCAGGAUACCAGGACUCCGCUUCCCUCCGUGGCCUCCCAGCUCGGGUUCUGGACCACAGCAAGCGGUGGUGGCUGGUGAGGGACCAGACGGGAGACAGCGGCUACAUUCCCAGCAACAUCCUGGAGCCCCUGCAGUCGGGGCCGCCCGGGAGGCAGAGCCCUGCCCUUCGGGCCCCAAUGCUGCGACUGAGCUCCAGGCCCGAGGAGGUCAGAGCCUGGCUGCAGGCAGAGAACUUCACCCCUGGCACCGUGAAGACCCUCGGGGCCCUGACGGGGUCACAGCUGCUGUACCUGAGCCCGGGGGAGCUCCAGAUGGUGUGUCCACAGGAUGCCCCCCGGGUCGUGGCCCGGCUGGAAGCCAGCAGAAGGACGCUGGGGAUAAGCCCUUAGGCACCAGCUCGGACGUCUCCAAGAUCAAGGCCUUCUCACAGCCAGACGGAGGAUCCGAUUCUCUUUAGAGCCCCAAGCAGUCCUCUUGCAGGCCCCCAGAUUGCAGCGAACCCCACACCCAGCUCACACAGCAAAGAGGAUGAGCAAGCCCAGAGGUUGGGCGGAUGGUGCCCUCUCACUGCGUGGGGAGCCCUCUCUGGCGACCAUCUAUUUAUUGUGUCUGUCCUAGACCCGGAGCACGCGUGCCUAGCUUUGUCAAGAUGCUGCUGAGUCCUCUCCUCCCCAAUAAAAGCACCUCCAAGCCUGG